CACACUAGCAUCCCAGAACAACCAUGCCAGUGUGUCUCUCUGCAUUUAUGUAAGUGGAAAGUGAAGAGUUGGUAAUUACUUAUACUGUAUCGUAUGGUAGUGUUGCCGAAUGCAGUUUCCAUGACGGCGUAGCAGACGCUUGCUCAAAUUUCGUGCAUAUGUAGAGUAGAGCUAGAGAAUUUGGAGAACUCCAACACGACCUUAUCCUCCUCUCUUACCGUCCUUCAUUUUUCUUUUCAAGCAUCUCGAUUAGCAGUUGACACUCCACACUGAAAAGCUGCAAAAACCCACACCACGAGAUCGUGUACUUAGACGCGCGCGAUAUAUACUACACCCUCGCCGUAGUCAGUGAGCCAUAACCCGCAAAAAAAGCGAGUUGGGUCGAAUAAUUAAAGCCUCUAUAUUGCGCUUACUUUGUAAGCAAACCAAUUGAAAACCCGAAGGCAAUUUUUAAGACUCCGGAAGGUUCUCUUUUCUGAUAUGGAUUUUGCGUCUGAAUUGGGGACUGCUAUAGCUUUUGGAUGCAAAAAAUGGCUGACUGGUUCUCUCUAGGUGGAAAACAAGGUCCACAAGCGAAGGUAGAAAAAGGAAAAGAAGAUAACAGCAACAGCAAUUGCCUAUUCUUGUUGAGGGACGAGGAGAUCUACAACAACAAGGGAUUCGAGAUAUGGACGCAGUCUUAUCACCAUCACCCAAAUCAAUCCUUGAACAACUGCUUCUCUCUUGGGGUGGGUCCUAGUUGCGCGAACUUGUUUGAUGAGUCAAGGAGGUUUGGAUUGACGGUGAUGAGGUCUGGGACUCUAGGAGGCGGCAUGAAUUGUCAGGACUGUGGGAACCAAGCGAAGAAAGACUGUACACAUCUUAGAUGCAGGACUUGUUGUAGGAGUCGAGGGUUUCAGUGCCAAACCCACGUCAAGAGCACUUGGGUUCCUGCUGCCAGACGUCGCGAGCGACAGCAACAGCACCUACAGCACCAGCAGCUUCACGGAGAUACCUCCAAACGCCACAGAGAAACUCAGGGUGCAGCAGCUCUUGCUUGCAUUCCUUCACCAAUCACCACUACAGGGUUGGAACUGGGACAAUUCCCUCAUGAACUGAACUCACCAGCAGUAUUUCAGUGUGUGAGAGUUAACUCAAUGGACACACCAGAAGAACAGUACGCCUAUCAAACCGCUGUGAACAUCGGAGGGCAUGUUUUCAAGGGAAUCCUAUACGAUCAAGGUCCUGAUGCUCCUUAUAACGCAGGUGGUGAUCUUAGCUCCUCCACCGCAGCUGAUGCUGAUCAGAACCUGAGUCUCAUAACGGCCUCAACCACAGCAGCCCCGGCCAGCGUCAACCCGUUUGAUCCUUCACUCUACCCUAAUAUCCCACUUAAUACUUUCAUGGCUGGUACGCAGUUCUUUCCACCACCAAGAUCCUAAAGAUGUACGUGUCUCUCAUUCUCUAAGGGAAUAAUAUCAUGUUCUUGUGUUGCUUAGCUGAGAAGAGUCUUCUCUUGUCAAUGACUCUGGAAUAUUGAGUAUAUCCUGGACAUGAGCUCUAAGCGGCUGGAAGAAUUUAAGAAAAUCAUUAUGGCGAGAUGAUUCAGGGCGCGCGAAAUAGGGGUGUUUGUUUUGUUUUGUCCGAAAUUCAAUUCGGAUUUUCAUGGACUAUUCUGAUCUUUCGAUGACUCACUUUUCAAUCCAGAGGAUUUUUAUAUUUGUUGUGAAAGAGAGUUUGUUGGUUGAGUGUAUUUUCUUUGGCAGUUUUCAGAUGUGUGCAUUACAUUUUCUGGAUGGCUUCAUUUCUUUGUUGUACUUUUUUUCCCUCUUAUUUGGGUUAAUAUUGAGCGUGCCUUC